AUUGCAUGCUAUAUAACACUGAAAAGUAAAAUACAUACAACAUACAUAUACGCUGGCACGGGAGAACAUCAUGAGAUACUAAGUGGAAAGAAGAAAAAUGUGGAACAGCAUAAUAUACAAUAGCAGCAUUACUAUAUGUGUAUGUGUGGUUACGAGUUCUUUAACUCUCCUACAAGCAACAUUUAUUUAUUUGCGGUACUGGCGUUUGAACUCAGGGCCGACAACCUUGAGCCACUCCACCAGCCCUUUUUGAAAAGGGUUUUUCCAGGCAGUCACGCGAACUAUUUGCACAGGCUGGCUUCGAACCUCCUGAGUAGCUGGGAUUACAGACGUGAGCACCAGCAUUGCUCAAGCAAUGCUUAUUAUUAAUAAAAUAGAAAUUAUGUAUCUAAAAAUCUUAAUAACCACAAUAAAACUGCCACUUAGCUCGCUUCAUUAUGCGGCCAUGACGCCCCGCAGGAUAGGGAAAGGAUACCCUGCGCCGUUGGGCGCGAUCCCUGGGAAGCCAAAGUUACGCCAAGCCGCCAAUCAGUGGCGACGCUGGACGUAGACGUGUUACGUCGUGACAUCACGGCAAGAUGGCUGCGCCCCGUAGGUUUUUUCUCGCCUAGACCACCGCUUGCCGGUGUCAGGUUCCUGGGCUUUCUGCUGGCAUGCUCUCCCUCCGAGGCUGCGGCCGCUGGGUCGCCGCCUCUCUCGGCAAACAGCGCCUUCCUUUGGCCCGGUUCAGCGGCGACAGCGUGGCGCCGCGGACUCCGCACUUCGACGUGGUCGUUAUAGGUGGAGGACACGCCGGGACCGAGGCCGCCGCGGCCGCCGCUCGCUGCGGCUCCCGCACUCUGCUCCUCACGCACCGCGUGGACACCAUCGGUCAGAUGUCCUGUAAUCCUUCCUUUGGUGGCAUUGGAAAGGGGCAUUUAAUGCGGGAAGUGGAUGCGUUGGAUGGCCUGUGUUCUCGAAUCUGUGACCAGUCUGGUGUACAUUACAAAGUACUAAACCGGCGUAAGGGACCAGCUGUGUGGGGACUAAGAGCUCAAAUUGAUAGAAAACUCUAUAAACAAAACAUGCAGAAAGAGAUCCUGAAUACACCACUGCUUACUGUUCAAGAGGGAGCGGUAGAAGACCUGAUUCUUACAGAACCAGAGCCCAAGCACCCUGGGAAGUGCCGUGUCAGUGGUGUUGUUUUGGUGGAUGGAAGUACAGUUUAUGCAGAGAGUGUGAUUCUGACUACUGGGACAUUUCUGCGGGGCAUGAUUAUAAUUGGAUUGGAGAUGCAUCCUGCUGGACGUUUAGGGGAUCAGCCUUCUGUAGGGUUGGCUCAGACUCUGGAGAAAUUGGGGUUUGUGGUUGGAAGACUGAAGACUGGGACUCCACCCCGAAUUGCCAAAGACACCAUUAACUUCAGCAUUCUGAACAAGCACACACCAGAUGACCCAUCGAGACCAUUCAGCUUUGUCAAUGAGACAGUGUGGAUUAAGCCAGAAGACCAGCUGCCUUGCUACUUGACUUAUACCAACCCUAGAGUGGAUGAGAUUAUCCUUGAGAACCUUCACCUUAACAGUCAUGUUAAGGAAACUACAAGAGGGCCUCGAUACUGUCCCUCUAUUGAAUCAAAGGUUUUACGUUUUCCAAACCGUGUACAUCAGGUUUGGUUGGAACCUGAAGGAAUGGAUUCUGACCUUAUCUACCCACAAGGCUUGUCUGUGACACUACCAGCUGAGCUACAAGAGAGAAUGAUCACAUGCAUCAAAGGCUUGGAGAAAGCUAAAAUGAUUCACCCAGGCUAUGGUGUUCAGUAUGAUUACUUAGAUCCCCGUCAGAUCACUCCUUCCCUCGAGACUCACUUGGUUCAACGACUCUUCUUUGCUGGACAGAUAAAUGGCACCACUGGUUAUGAGGAAGCUGCAGCUCAAGGUGUGAUAGCUGGAAUCAAUGCCAGUCUUCGAGUCAGUGGCAAGUCGCCCUUUGUUGUUAGUCGAACAGAAGGCUACAUUGGAGUCUUGAUUGAUGACCUCACCACACUGGGCACCAACGAACCAUACCGAAUGUUUACCAGCCGAGUGGAGUUCCGUUUGUCACUGCGCCCUGAUAACGCCGACAGCCGGCUCACAUUCCGAGGGCAUAAGGAAGCUGGCUGUGUGUCCCAAGAACGAUACGAAAGAGCUUCUUGGAUGAAAUCUUCUUUAGAAGAAGGCAUUUCUGUGCUGAAAUCCAUUGAGUUUUCGAGCUCCAAGUGGAAAAAGUUAAUCCCACAGGUUUCUAUCAGUGUUAAAAAAAGUCUGCCUGUCAGCGCUCUGGAUCUUCUAAGGUAUGAGGAAGUCGACAUGGAGUUACUAGCCAGUGCAGUUCCAGAGCCCUUAAAGAAGUAUACUAGAUGUAAAGAGCUAGCUGAAAGACUGAAGAUAGAAGCCACUUAUGAGUCAGUACUGUACUAUCAGCUACAAGAAAUAAAGGAAGUUCAGCGAGAUGAAGCUCUCCAACUACCAAAAGACCUAGAUUAUUUGACUAUCAAAGAUGUGUCUUUGUCCAGUGAAGUUCGAGAGAAGCUACACUUCAGUCGUCCACAGACGAUUGGGGCUGCUAGUCGUAUACCUGGAGUGACGCCUGCUGCCAUCGUCAAUCUGCUCCGCUUUGUCAAGACCACUCAGCAAAGGCAGGCGACUGUGAAUAAGAUGCCCCAAGCUGAGCAGUACUUACUGGACACAGACAGACUUCAGGAGUUGUAGCUUUCAAUUCAUACAAGACCUUUAAAAAGGGUGCAUGAAGAGUAUUAGUAGGAGAUAAGGACUAUUUUAGCAUCUAUGAAAAUAGCUUGAUUAAGUUAUUAUAGUCUCCUAAUUAAUUUGUGAGAGGACAAAGAUUAUAAUUGGGCUUUUUUGUGUAGCUGAAAAACAUAGUUGUAAGUGAUUUAUACUUUUUUUUCUGGAGCUUUAAUACAAUGAGCCUAUCCUUAUGCAGCAUUCAUCAAAGAAAGAUAAUAGUGUAGCCAAGGGCUGGCAGAGUGGCUCAAGUGGUACAGUGCUUGCCUAACAAGCAUGAGGUCCUGAGUUCG